AAUGUUAAAAAAAAAUGUGAGCUUUUAUGUCUGGUUUGUCAGUCACAGGAUACGGCUUCUUUUGAAACACAAGAGAGGCUUUUUCUUCACCACCAGCAACAGAUGGGCAUCAAGCAGCAGCUUGUCACUGUGCUGCAGGAGCUGGAGCUGCAGAAGAGCAUGUGGGAGGAGAAAGGGGAGAAGGUGGAGGAGUGUUGGAGAGCUUGGGAACAGGAGCAAAAGCAAAGCCAGACGCAGAUAAAUGAGGCAAAGAAACUGGCUGUGGUGAACUGGUGGAAGGCUCAGACAACAGAAACCCGGUCGCGCCAAGAGACACAAGCCAAACUCCGGCACACGGAGCAGACUGUCACUGAUAUGAGAGAGCAGGUCUGCCACCUGCAAACGUCACUGAAAUCUGCACAGGAGCGCAUUGCCGAAUACGAAAAUAGUGGUCGAGUUCUUCAAAUAGAAAAGGGAACCAAUACUGAGAGGGAAGAGGUGGACAGUGAUGGAGGAACGACAGUGAAGACUAAGAGGGACGUAGCUGUGGCCACAGACGAGGUCGAGGACAUACGUGGUACAGCUUGUGACGAGCGACAAACCCAGUUUCAGGUGAUGGCAGAUGGACUUCUGGAAGCUCUUAGAAGGAUGGAGGCAAUGGUGAGUAGCACUUGGGGAACUGCUGAGCAGGUGCAAGAGAGUGAACAGAGAGUCUGCCAAGUGAGCAUGAGGAUGGAGAGCAUCAGUCAGAGGGUGGAGGAGGCUCUGCAGCGAGCAGCAGACACACACAAUCUGCUGAGGGAUCUGGAGGUCAGGAUGUCAGAAAAACCACAAACCCAGUCUCCAGAUCCCAGACAGUCAUGUGAUCCAGGAGCAGAGGCGAUACAUUUGGACAGUGAGCUGAAAGUUGGGGACAGAGUGGAGAAAACCCCAUGUCCUGUGAUCCUGGAAGCCACUGAGCAUCCACAGUCACCCAUGAGUGGGGGCUCCUCCAAAGAUGGACGUGGGAACACCAUCCCAUGGGAGGCGCCCAUGGGGCAUCCUUGCCAGAUUCCCAAACCACCUCAGCGGCUCUUUCAACGCGAACGAAACAGCGGCUCUACUCUGAGCUCUUCACGGAUGACCGAGUUUCUCACCCUGUCUCAAAGGGAGACACCACCACCCUCCUAA